ACCUGCGAUUGCGGAUUGCCUACAAAUGCAAUUUGUCGCACAAAUUGAAAUAACAAUAAUAACUAAUAUUUUGUGAACAUAAUUUUUUAAAUAAAUAAUCAAUACUCAGUUUAUCUCUACACCCACGUUAACUUUUUGGAUUCAUCGUCCUUUAUUUCCUUUAUUGGAGAUAAUUUGCCGUUUAUUAUGAUUUAAGUCUUACAGUCGUGAAUAAAGCUUUGCUGGUGAUUAUCGAAAAUUUUAAUGUAAUAAUGAUUAACAGUGUCUUAAAACUGUGCGCUCUGUCGCUUUUAGUGAAUAUAGAUGAAACGUUAUCUCUAUACAAUAAACCUUGGAAUGAAAAGUAUGAAAAUAACAAGUGUCCCAAACUUUAUCCCAAAAAUUUCGACAACCAUAUGCCAGUAGGUAAUUUAACAGCGGGUAACUAUACAGAGAAGACAGACCUUAAAGGUCUAAGACAAUGUGUGAUGGCAUGCUGCCUGGCCGAAGCUUGCAACAUUGUGUUCAUCGUAGAGUCUAGAUGCUUCCACGUUGAAUGUGUGAGUGACGAACUGUGCCUUCCAUUGCCAAGGGUAGGUGGCAGGAAAUGGGAUACCCAUGUGUCUGUGAUACUUGUUAAGCCGGUCUUGUCAAAUGAAAACUGGUCAGACAUCUUAGAUCAGUCAAACUUUAGAGAAGUCAAUAAUAACUAUUCACCAGAAGAAGAGCCAAUUUAUUCAUAUUCCAAUCGUCGUAAUGAUAUCCCUGAUGAUGAAGACACAAACUUUUUGACUCAUUUCAUCAAUAACUUACCCAACAUGGAAGAAGAGGAGCAACAGAACUUUGACAAAUAUACAGACAGUAAUGACAAUGAAAUGAUGUUAGCAUCUAGGUUUUUAGAAAAAAUAUCUUGUGAAGUGGGAGCAGACGAUUGUCCAUACAAUGCUGAGUGUAUACCGUUGGGUCUUAAGACACGCAAUGGUAUUUGCAAGUGCAUUUUGGGAACAGUAGAGAAUACUCAAGGAACAUGUAUUCCACCUCACAGACCAUUUUCAGGCCACAAAGGCCCUACAGAGCCCAUUGAAUCAAUGAAGAAAAGUGAGGCUUUAAUAUCUGACAUGAAAUCUGAUGAUCUAAAGAUGGACAAGCCUACACCUCAUCAGAAUUUAACUGUAUCUAUAUUAUCUAAACAAGUACAACUUCCGGAAAACGAAGUUACUUUAGCUGCAUAUACUAUUCCUGAUGAGAAAUCAACUAUGAGUCAUUACAACUAUAUAUGGACGCUUGUUGACCAACCUAAAGGAGGAUUUACAGGCAACAUGAUCCAAAACGACGGAACAGUAACCUUAAAAGAUCUAACAGAAGGUCAAUACAGGUUUAAAGUGACAGUGAACAGUACGAACUAUUACGGCGAGGGGUUCGCGAACGUCACAGUGCUGCCCCCCAAGCGCGUCAACACGCCACCAUUGGUUGUUAUCACGCCACAGUCGCAAACUGUGAAGUUGCCGAACUCUGGAGCUGUUUUGGAUGGCAGUGCUAGUAAGGAUGACGACGCUAUAAUAUCCUGGCAUUGGGAACUAACAGCUGGACCUAUCGGCUACCAGCCACCCUUGCAAGAUGGCUCCACUUUAGUGCUGAAAGACCUCAAGCAGCCGGGCAACUAUACCUUCAAGCUGACAGUUGAGGACUCUGACCAUGUGAAAAACUCCACCUCCGCCAAUAUUACUGUGCUGAACCACACUGACUAUCCCCCUGAAGCCAAUGCAGGUCAAGAUGUAAUAAUAUAUUUGCCAAACAAUAACUUAACCCUGAACGGGAGUUUGUCAACGGACGACCAUGAAAUUACCUCAUGGGAGUGGACUAAAUCUGCUGAGGACGAGAACAAAGCCGUGGACAUGCAAAACACACAUUCUCCAUAUUUGCAGUUAUCCAACCUAUCGGAGGGCGUAUACACGUUCGUGCUGAAGGUGACGGACUCGUCGGGGCAGACGUCGAGCGCGGACGUGCACGUGUUCGUCAAGCCGCCCACCAACACGCCGCCCGUCGCCGACGCCGGCGCGGACGCGUUCAUAUCCCUCCCUCAAACCUGGAUCACCCUGAACGGCUCGGCGUCGCACGACGACCACAGGAUCGUGGCGUACACGUGGCGUUGCCUCUCGGGCCCCACUAACUCUAACAUUGUGAACUUUAACGAGUCGACGGCGAACGCGACCGCACUCACUAAGGGCCAAUACGUGUUCUCGCUCACGGUGCUGGACGAUAACGGGAACACCGCCACAGAUAAUGUUACCAUCACUGUUACACAGAACAAAAACAGCCCACCAAAAGCUGACGGCGGCGGUGACCAGGUGCUGAACCUGCCGUUGCCAGUUCUCAUCUUGAACGGGUCGAAGUCGUCUGACGAUUUUCGCAUCGUGUCGUGGAAAUGGACGCGAUCGGGCUCGGGCUUGGCCGCGGGAACUGUUAUAUUACACUCGGACACACAGCCCGUCCUCAUGCUAACAAAUAUAGAAGCUGGUCGUUACGUAUUCGAGCUAACAGUAACCGACGACCAAGGCGAGUCCAAUCGAGACACGGUCAGCGUGCAAGUGAAGCCUGACCCGUUAGAGAUGAAACUCUUGGAGAUGACCCUCAACAUCCCUAUCGCUACUUUCACGAAGAGCCAGUUGGAUUCUUUGGUCCAAAAAAUUACUUUGCUUCUCAAGGACGGUAUGUCGGUGAAUGUGACGGAAAUUAAAGGGGAAGUUGACACUGGAAAUUCGCUUAUUAUCUUCUUUUUGUCGGAGAAGGGUGUGCCAGUGGACGGUAUCGAGGCGCUAACUCUGUCCCGUGCGGCAGCCAUAAGCGCUGGAGCACGGCGCGUGCGCUCGUUGCGCUGUCUGAGCACGUGCUCCGGGCGCGGCGUGUGCGAGCAAGCGACGCGCACGUGCCGCUGCGACGCCUUCUGGAUGCAGAGCCUGUUCACGCAGUUCCAGCCGGACGCGCAACCCGACUGCGACUGGUCGGUGGUGUACGCGAGCGUGUGCGGCGUGGCGGCGCUGGGUGCGCUGUGCGGCGCGGGCUAUGGCGUCGGGCGCGUGUGUCGCCGCGCGUGCGCGCCGCGACGCCCGCGCGCGCGCCCUAACUACCGCCUGCUGCCGCUCGCUGACCACGAGGAGAAACCAUUCACAAGCAAAGACCUCUCCGAAACGGACACGGAUUCUGACGUAUUGUACGAGACCAAAAACAAAAUGACGUCAUUCGGCACUCGGGCUAUGAACGGGGAGCUGCAAAGCAACGGCUGGAAGAACGGCCACAGCAAGACGUCGCGGAAAGUCAGGACGUAGCUCCGACGCGCCGUGGGCCGCCUCCACGACAAACUCUCGACUGUACUCGUGUGAUAGCACCGGUGUCGUAACUAGGGCCUGCAUCAGUAUAAUCUGUAACGGUCUAUGCUCGAUACACAUACUGCCAGUGUUAAGGCUUUAGUAUAGUGCGCGCAAAACUAGUGAUCCAAUCUGACCACGAGGCGUGUGACUACCCAUUGUACAAAAACAGAUCUAAGCUCUGCUUUUUUAGGCUUUUACAUUUCUGUAUGUCAGCUACUUACUCAGUAAUAAUUGGGUAUUUUACUACUUUUGAAUUUGAUAAAUAUUAUUACUUUAUUAUAAACUAGUAUAAAAAUAAUGACGUACGCUGAAAAAAAUAUAUUAAAAUCCAACAAAGAUUUACAAAGUUACAGGCAUUUUAAUUUUGGAG